CUGCGUGCUCCCCGCGCAGGCUUCCGCUUCCUCUCUUUGGUGAAGUUGCUACGUGUCUUUAAAGAGCGGACGUUGGGUUGUCGCGAUCGACGGGUCGGAUCGGGAGUGGUUCUUGCAGUUCAUCAUGGAUCAAGUAAUGCAGUUUGUGGAACCCAGCCGUCAAUUUGUUAAAGAUUCUAUUAGGCUUGUUAAAAGAUGUACAAAACCAGACAGGAAAGAAUUCCAGAAGAUUGCCAUGGCAACAGCAAUAGGUUUUGCAAUAAUGGGAUUCAUUGGUUUCUUCGUAAAACUGAUCCAUAUUCCAAUCAACAAUAUUAUUGUGGGCGGCUGAAUGCAUCAGGAAGGCUUGUUGCGUGAUAUUGUGCAUAUUGACGUAAAAGAACAUUGUGCAUUUUUCUGUCUUAAUAAUUUACCUAAUUUGCUUUUACUGCUGUUUGGUAUAAACUAAGUUUUCAAGUAAAAUUGGUUUGGCAAUGUUCUGA